AUGGGCCCCUGUACCGCCUCCUCAUGCUGCUGCCAGGCCCGUAAUCUGCCAUGGGCCCCCGUACCGACUCCUCAUGCUGCUGCCAGGCCCGUAAUCUGUCAUGGGCCCCUGUACCGCCUCCUCAUGCUGCUGCCAGGUCCAGAGUGUGUCAUGGGUCCCUGUACGGCCUCCCAUUGCUGCUGUCUCCAUCGCCACACUCUGCCAUGUGCCUCUUUCAGGUCUCCUCACACUGCUGGUGGGUUCCAUUUUGUCAUAGGGUGCUGUAUGGCCUCCCAUUGCUGCUGCCUCCACCGCCACACUGUGGCUCCACACUCUGGUUUUGGCCCCGUGACUGCCCAAAUGAGUGAAGUGUGCGGUGAUUCUAAGAUCGACGGCACUCAUCUGCAUGUCAUACUGACUGACAGUAUUAUUUCUCUCCCCAGCAGACUCCAAGGGCAUUUAAAUUAAAGGUACAGUGUUCUGCAAUAAUAUAA